AUGGAUAAAGCGUGGAUGUCCAAAAGUAGAUUAUCAAAAGAGUAUGAAGUUGGAGUCGAAUCUUUCUUGAAUUUUGCAAUUGCAAAUGGAAAAGACCCUAAAUCUAUGCGUUGUCCAUGUGUAAAGUGUGGUAAUCUUAUUGACCAGUCUAUCCAACAUAUAAGAGCGCAUCUUACAUUUAAUGGAAUGGAUUUAACAUACAUUAGUUGGAUCUUCCACGGGGAGAAAUAUGGUUCUCACACGACUUAUAAAGAUGAAGGGAGUACUACGGAUCGUGAUUUUGAUUUAGAUGCUCCAGCUGACAUGGUGCAUGACGCAUAUGUUGACAAUCCAACUCAUUUCCAUAAAUUGCUUGAGGAAGCUGAGAUGCCAUUAUAUUUUGGAUGUGGUCACUUCACGAAGUUAUUUGCAACUGUUAAGCUGUACAACUUGAAGGCAAAAUAUGGUUGGAGUGAUACUUCUUUUACUGAGCUACUUGAUUUGAUAAGAAAAAUGCUUCCUGAAGAUAAUGUGUUACCUGCAUCUUUGUACGAUGCAAAAAAGAGCUUAUCUACACUGGGGAUGAAAUAUGAAAAGAUUCAUGCAUGUCCAGAUGAUUGUAUCUUAUAUCAAAAUGAGCAUGUCCAUUUGGUGCAUUGCCCUACAUGUGGAAAGUCAAGGUUUAAGGUUGGGAAGAAUGGCCUGAUUAAUGAGGGUGUUCCAGCAAAAGUUUUAUGGUAUUUUCCACCGAUACCACGAUUUGAACGAAUGUUUAGGAAUAAAGAUAUGUCUUGCAAUUUAACUUGGCAUGCUCAUAAAAGAGUGGCUGAUGGCCAUCUACGUCAUCAUGCAGAUUCACCGGCUUGGAAACAAGUAGAUCAACUGUGGCCGAGUUUUGGGAAUGAACCAGGGAAUCUUAGAUUAGCACUUUCAGCGGAUGGUAUUAAUCCUCAUAAGCUAAUGUCAUCUAAGUAUAGUUGCUGGCCUGUUAUUCUUGUAACAUACAAUCUUCAUCCAUGGUUGUGCAUGAAAAGAAAACAUAUGAUGCUUACUUUGUUAAUUUCUGGACCACAACAACCUGGGAAUGAUAUAGAUGUUUAUUUGGCACCUUUGAUCGAUGAUUUGAAAAAAUUGUGGGAAUUAGGUGUGGAGAUAUAUGAUGCAUACCGUACAGAAAAAUUCAUGUUGAGAGCUGUCCUCCUUUGGACUAUCAAUGAUUUCCCUGCAUAUGGCAAUUUAUCGGGAAACAAGGUGAAAGGUUAUUUGGCAUGUCCUAUUUGUGCUGACCAAACGUGUGCUAAACGUUUGAAACAUAGCAGGAAAAUGUGUUAUGCAUCACAUAGACGAUUCUUACCUGCUAAUCAUCCUUAUCGGAGACAGAAGAAAGCAUUUAACGGGAAGAAUGAGUUAAAACCUGCACCUAUAAUACUAAGUGGCAUUGAAGUCUUUGGAAGAGUAGAGGGACUCAAUUUUGUGUUGGGUAAAAAGAGAAAGAAAUGUCAAUCAAAAGGAAAUGCUGACAAAUGUCCAUGGAAAAAGAAAUCAAUUUUUUUUGAGUUGGAAUAUUGGAAGCAUUUGCUCGUUCGACAUUCUCUCGAUGUGAUGCACAUUGAGAAGAACAUUUGUGAAAGUAUUUUUGGCACAUUGUUAAAUAUCCCUGGAAAAACGAAAGAUGGAGUGAAAGCAAGAUUGGACCUUGUUGAGAUGGGCUUGAGAGAUGAAUUAGCACCAAAGAUAGAGGAAAAUAGGUCAUAUUUGCCACCCGCUUGUUAUACUCUAAGCAAACAAGAGAAACGACAAGUUUAUUCCUUCUUUGGCGGAGUUAAAGUACCAACAGGUUAUUCAUCAAAUGUGUCUAGUCUCCUGUCAGUAGAUGAUUCUAAGCUUGUUGGUCUUAAGUCACACGAUUGUCACACAUUGAUGCAACAAUUGCUUUCGGUGGCCAUACGAGGUGUGUUGACAAAACAAGUUAGGGAAGUCAUCACUAGAUUGUGUUUCUUCUUCAACGUCUUAUGCAACAAAGUGAUAGACAUUUCAAAGUUAGAAGACAUUCAAACUGACAUAACAAUUACAUUGUGUCUCCUCGAAAAAUAUUUUUCUCCUUCAUUCUUUGACAUAAUGGUCCAUUUAACCGUUCAUUUGGUACGUGAGGUCAAACUGUGUGGGCCGGUAUGGUAUAGGUGGAUGUAUCCAUUUGAGAGAUUCAUGCGAGUGUUGAAAGGUUAUGUGAGAAAUCGCAAUCACCCUGAAGGAUGCAUUGCCGAAUGCUACAUUGCUGAAGAAGCGGUGGAGUUCUGCUCAGAAUACUUAUCUAAUGUUGCAAAUUCCUCACAUCAAAUAUCAGAAAGGUUGAAGUGGCUGUCUCGAGGACCUAAUGCUAGGGUUGUGAAGUAUGAAGCUUACAUGAUAAAUGGCGUUACAUUUCACUCAAAGACACGUGAUAGUAUACGAGUUGUUCAAAAUUCUGGAGUAAGUUUGGUUGCAAAAACAAUGCAAGUGGCUAGCGUAAAGGAUGACAAUCCUAUUGUGUCAGACAUGAUGUUUUAUGGAGUUAUAGAUGAAAUCUGGGAGCUUGACUACAAUGAUUUUCAUGAACAUAUAUCGAUGAAAUCGAGGAUGAUGAUAUCAAUUGUUUUGCCAUUCACCAUCAGUGUUUUAGCAAUGGAAUGCCAACGAAAGAAAUUGGUAAUGAGGUUGAUCCAACAUAUGUUCGUGAAGAUUGUGAAGGAACAUGGGUUAUAUAACAUGAAAAAGAAAUCGUCCGAUGCUAGUGGUUGUAGCAAUAUGGACGAAGAUUCUAAAGGAUCACAAAGUUCGAGAGCUACCAGAGGAAGAGUACAUCUUGAUAGAUUAGCUGUGUUGAGGAGUAAAGGACUUAAAAGAGAUCUUACUUUCGAUGUGCAUGGUGAGGCUGUGGGACGAGAGGGUGCAAAGUUGCAAAGUUACAUAGGUAUGUGA